AUGAUUGACAGUUUCAGCCGCUAUACUGAACUCGCCCCUAUCCCUGACAAAAGUGCAGAGACAGUUGCUCGAGCCUUCCUCUCUCACGUCAUCUGUCGCCAUGGUGCUCCUGAACAACUCAUGUGUGACAACGGUACUGAAUUCAUUAAUCAGGUACUCAGCAGCCUAUGCAAACUCCUUAACAUCGACCUUGUUCAUAUACUCCCAUACAGACCUCAGGCAAAUGGCCUCGUCGAAAGACUCAACAGAACGAUCCUGAACGUCCUCAGAACCUCCAUCAAUGCACAAGACAAUGAGUGGGACCUGUGGAUUCCCAUCACUCAGGCUGCCAUCAACAGCACCUUCCACUCCUCCCUAGGUGACAUCCCCAAUUACGUCGUGUACGGAGACGACCAGCGUCUCCCCUACGAACUCCUGCAACAGCGCCCUACUCCCGUCUACGGAGACGACUACGCGAAGAUCGUGAUCGCCCGAAAGCAAGAAGCCUACCGCAUCGCCCACGAGCACUUGCGCGUAGAAAGGGACCGCAUCAUCGCUCAGCAACACAAGCUAGCCCGACGGAAGGAGAUCGCCGACGGCGUCCUCGUCUUCCAUCGUGUAUCAGAUAAGUCCUCUCCUAUGCCUAAACUUGCUCCUGACUUCGAGGGACCAUUACGAGUUCUGAAAGUGCGUCAUAACAAAGCUCUAUGUCAAAAUCUCAUUACCAACAGCCAAGCUUGGUAUCACUUUGACACGCUCAAACUAGCCAGCACUCACUAUGAGGACGAAUUCGAUCGACAACGUUCCCUCACCAGUAUCACUCCCACAGGUAUUGCUCCUGACUCCACACCUGCUACUUCGUUCCCAUUGUCUUCCCCAGGGCGCGCCUCCCUUGGUCUUCCACAGACAACUUCGGCCCAGAAAUGA